AUGCCAGUCAACGUCUUACCAGCAGAAGAUGCCGACAUGCCCAGGAUCUUCGAGAUCGCCGCUCUGGCCUUCGCCAGAAACGAGCCCAUCUGGGAUGCUCAAUUCCCCAAGCACUGGACGCCGGAAGGACGUAAAGUCGGUGGCGAACGGAUGACAUUAACCAAAAACUCCGAUCCCUACACCACAUACCUCAAAGCCGUGGACGUCGACUCAGGCGAGAUUCUGGGUAUGGCCAAGUGGAACGUCUACCAGAAUACUCGUCCGGAUCCGAGCAAGGUCAAAGGCUGGGGCAGUGAGUACUACGAGACGGAGGCGGAGAAGGCGUAUAUCAAGGCGAUGGUGCCGGUGUUCCUUGCGAAGCGGAAUGCGGCGAUUGAGAGGACGGGUGGGAAUUUGGUGUCGCUUGAUAUUCUGUCUAUUGACCCGGCCCAUCAGCGGAAGAAGGUUGGGGAUGCGCUUGUCAAAUGGGGGUUGAAGAGAGCGGAUGAACUCGGUCUGCCCGCAGUAGUGGAAAGCAGUGUCUUCGGCAAGGGACUGUACCAGAAGAAUGGCUUCGUCUUUCACGAGGAUGUGCGUGUGAUUGUUCCUGGGUUUGAGGACUGGCCUGUGGGAGAGUUUGCGUGGUUGGAGAGGCCGAAGACGGUGAACGCUGCAUGA